GUUUUGGUGGAGAAGACGAAGCAACGAAGCCAUGACGAACAAGGCCCCUGGGUCUAGACAUCAAAUUGCGGCAAUGGCCAGCCGUCAUUCGCGGCUGAAAUGCGAGACUCCGGCUCCCUCCAUCAUCUCUCCAAUGGCAAAAGAAUAAGAUUUGACCCGCUCGCUCCUCACUGGCUCUUCCAUCUCUCAACCCAAACUUCCCCCCGAUUUCUCUCCAAUCCUUUUGCGUUCCCUCCAAAUCCCCAUCCUCCUAUCGCAAUUCGCAAACUCCCAAAUCCGCUUUCCGCUCUACCCAAUCGUCGCCCUCAAUUCCCCCUUCAAUCUCUGAUCUCGGUUCCCAAUUCCACACUUUCUCCAGAUCGCCGUCCUGGUUCCCUGGCCCGUGGGUUUCCACUACCCAAUUGUCAAUCUUCGCCUCGUCUUCUCUGGCCAGUCAAGAUCAAAUCGCAAACCCCUCCCCAGGCACCGCGACACAAUCCAAGUCCGCAACAGGACCACGUCCAACGUCUCAUCAUCUCACGUCUCCACCGCGCUUCCAAGCCCUGGUCAUUGUCAUCAUAUCCGACUUUGACCUCACAGAAUCGUAGUCCGCUGUGGUUGAUUCCGCGCAUCGCAUCCCAUCGCACCGGAGCGGAAGGAAUCAUUCCUGCUUACCGUCGCAUUCUGCUACACAAAGCAACUUUUGCGACCCCAGUCAAGCACGCACUGGAUUCCGGUUUCCGACGUUCCCUCCCAAGUCCCAACUUUUGCCUAGGUUGCAUUUGCUCGUGUUUCAUCACGCCGUGCUUCCGUCAUCAGCAACAACAACAUUGUCACCUCUCAACCAUCGGCACAGCCAAAAUUGGUUCGAUCCAACCCAAUCAACUAUUCUCAUCCUCAUUUCUGCGUCAUCAACAGUGAGGCUUCAAUUGCAGUUGCACCGCGUUCUGCCUUGCUGCCCACUGCCUACUGCCCGACCGACACGUGACGUACACGUGGAGACACAUCUCAACCAGUUACAGGUCGUCACAGUUUCGGCCUUCACGCCUUGUGGCCUUUACCGAAGCAUUUCUGGCUUCUGCUGUGGAUUAUUCGAUCUUAUUCGUCCUUAUUCGUUCCCAUUCAACGCCAAAUCUUCUGCCGGGCU